UAAGAAUUUUUCAUAGCUUUGCAUUGCAUUUUAGACAAUAGACAUUUCGUUUGCAAAUUUUAUUUUUCAAAUGUGUUGAAAAAGGAAUUGUCUUUCUACACAUUUUGUUGAUUGUUUAAAUUACGUAAUUAACGAUUUCGUUGUGAUAUUUGAAGUUCGACAAUCCUACUCCAUCUUUUUUCAUGGUAGAAACUAGGAAUCGAAAAGUGUAGUUCUUGAUAACAAAAUUCUGAAGCUUCAUUAGUUCAUUCUUCGCACUUCGAAUAACUCUUGCCAUUUCUGCUGACACAAUAAUGGAUGUUACCGAAACUAAUUUGAUCACUGGAAUAAAGAAUAUCGAAGUUGAAGAUAAAGGCGAUGAUAAUUUCCAAGAGCCCAGUUCUCCUACUGAUAAAGAUGAUACCAAAUUUUCAAAUUCCUCCGGAAAAGUGGACUUACUAUUCAAAGCAACCGGCAAUGCACCUAUAAUGAAGACAAAAAAAUGGAAAGUUUCUUCUAGUAAAACUAUCGGUGGCAUAACUACUUUCUUGAGAAAUUACCUAAAGUUGAGUCCUUCUGAGAGUUUAUUUUUGUACGUGAAUCAGGCAUUUGCUCCUGCACCUGACCAGAUAAUUAGAAAUUUAUACGAGUGUUAUGGAGCAGAAGGUACACUAGUGAUACAUUAUUGCAAAUCACAAGCAUGGGGAUGAAUCAUCAAAUUCGCAAUUAAAGGACAGCUAUUAUUAUUACUUAUAUAAUUUGUUAUGCGUUACACUUUUGUUACCUACGUGUUCAUUUCAAAACAUUUCCAUCAACUUUUAAAUCAGAUGCAACGUAUAAUUGAGAUCAUUCAUAAUGACAUUCUGAGAAAUAAGU